AUGGCUAACGGAUACUCUCGCAUGCACGGCGAAGUGAACGCCUCCUACAAUAGCCGCAAGAUAUCGCAAACCACACUUUACCCCGACGCCAUCCCGGCCAAGAAGCGGGCUUCAUCAUUCUAUCCUGUUCGAGGUCCGGGGAUUGUUGACGAGUCGAACCCAGAUCCCUUCUAUCUCGAGCACACUCUGGCAGAGGGUGGCCCUUGGGGCCCUGGGCGGCCGCACAGUCGCGAUGUCAGACAUAGUGACGAAGCCAGUCAGUACUUGAUGCUGGCGUCUUUACACAACAACAAAGGCGGUCCUUUCGCAAUCUCAUCGCGUGGAGACACCACGAGGUUACGAUCCAACGUCAACCGAUCCACUCUGUCGGUAGUUGAGCUAGAGCAUCAAUUGAGCCUCCGCGAGAUCACUGCCAAACAGCCCUGGGGAGGAAAGUUCCCAAGCUACGAUCAAUCGUCUUUUAGCUCGGUACAGACCGAUGCGACGCCGGAUUUGACACCCAGCAGUUCAUUCUCUUCCAACUAUUCCGCUCUCACGAACCGGGAGACCAUAACUUCGGGGUCAGAAUAUCAGUCUUUGCUCAACCAACAAGCACCUCCCAGCCCUAGGCGCCAAGUAUACCCGGCUUCAUCUACCCCUGCCAACCUAUCUCAGACAACGCUGACAACGGAGCCUUCAACACCGACGCGAUCGUUGAAGACGCUCGCCGGGCCAUCCAACGCAUCCACAGACACCCUGGUCAUGCAGAGAGUAAGUAGUCACGAUCCCGCAUCAACCCGUGGGAAGCCAUUGCCCUCCCUGCCCAACGGCGUCCGCAAUCGAACCAGCAAGCCCGGUAAGAAAGGGCCACCGCCGGCUAUGCGUCCCCCAAUCGCCCCGUCCAUGAUAUCUCCACCUUGCUGGUACAACCCUGUGACCAAAGAGCCGCACGUAUCGCAUUUUGACCAGGCUAUGUUCAUUUCUGGGAAUGACCGUCCGAGCCCGGUGCCGAGCCCAGGUCCAGCGUCACCAUCCGUUGAGCGUCACCCGAUGGCGAGGCGGCCAGCAACCUCACCGGCGGGGAUGAUUUGCCAGCACGAGCAGUCGGUAUGGGAGUCCGACUCGGAUAGCGAGUCGGUCGAUCCGAGGUCCUUGUCUCGCAAGCCCAUGGACACUUUGAAGAAGGUCCGAAGCAGAGUGCAUCUUCGCGUCGCAAAGUCGGCCCCGAAGCUCAACAAUACCCAAGCCCCAAGUCAACACCCACAGGGAUUAGAAAGAUUCCCUUCCACGCCCGAUCUACCUCCGGAGCUGCUAUGCCCGUCGCCUAUGCGAGAUCUCAUUCGGUCACGGUCCAAAGACAUCUUGCGGCCCACUGCGCAGCAGACCCUAAGACUGGUCGCGCCCUCCACGACGUCGCUUGUUCAACCGCGAUCGCGACGGAACAGCAAUGGGGCUGUCAACGUUGACAUGGACCGCACGACGGCCGCUGCGAUGCAAGCCAAGUCGCGACGGCGGCAGCGAUCUGACUCAUCGCCCAAGGGUCUGACUGAGGCUGAAAAGCUGUGUACUUUCUGCCGGGAGGACCGAUCUGACAGAGCGAUUCACCAAAGCCUCACCCUCGCGCGGCCCCCGCUCUAUAAACGGGUUUGGGAGUCGUUGCGCGUCCUGGGCUGUCAUGGCGAUCUUCCUCCCCCGCGACCCCGCCGACCCAUGUGAGGGUGCUUCUCGGUGUGGUUGACUUUGCGCGCGGACAAGUUUCGAUUGGCGCUGAAUAGGCUUCUCGAAACGCAUUCACAACCAGUCGUCUCGACGACUUUGAGCGUUUUGUUUUCUUGAUCCAACUUAAUGUCUUAUGAUGCUACCUGAUGAGCCUCAGAUGUACAGUCUGGGGCGGUUUAUGACUGGAUGGAUGAUCUCGAUGGCUUCUCCAUGUCACCCCAUGAUAUAACGAGACGCAUGCGCUGAGGAUGGAAACAUGUAUCAGCCGUCUCUAAUGAUGCAAUGCACGUGUGCUGUGAUGAUGAUCUAUCACAAUUGAUGAGGCACGAACCGGUGCGAGGACUUAGCGUGGCCCUCAAUUCUUGUCUCUGCUUGCAGCCUUCUCUGCUUACGGUCUUUCCCACCAAGUCGAAGCUUGGACGUUUCCUUUCGUAUGUUCUUGAGUUCUCUCACCCACAUUCACUCAAC